GACUGUUAAUUUACCUUAUGCUCGCGCAAUGGAUUGUGCGGACUUUUUUAACUACUGUGCGAUUUAGCACUUAACCCCUUGAGCAGAAAUUGUAAAUAAAACAUUUGUGACCACAUCAACCGGAGGACUUUAUCAUUUCUCAAGAAGGAAAAACAAGAAAAGCUCAUUCAACCAGGAGAGGUUCAAAAGGAAAACCUGGCUAACCGCUAGCAUAGCAGAGAAAAAGCCCUGUUAGGCUGUCCACGACUUGUUUUUGGAGGGGAAACCGUCUGGACAACAGGUGCAGUGCGCCGACUGGAGCAGGCCAGGCAUGAGUGGCGCACACCUGGACGAAUGGCAGAGGAGGUCCUUUGACAUUUCAUCUGGCAACUGUACACCUGAACAGACGGCCGAUGCCUACCGGGCCCAUAUCCUCUCCAUUCAGUAUGCAUGGGCAAGCUCCCAGCUCUCUCAGGCCGGCAUGGCCAGCCUGCUCAGGACCUACUCGGAGCGCUACGCCGCAGUGCUGGACUCGGAUGACCCCCGCACAGGGCUCAACAACUAUGCAGAGAGUGCGCUGCAUCUGGCCCGCAGUCAGAGGAACUACAGUGACAAAUGGGAGUCGUCCCUGACCGCGGAGAGUGUGCUGGAGCUGCCCUGCGUGCAGAGCAUGAUUCAGGUAGGGGCAGGGGGCGGAGGCUCCCUGGUGGCACCAGGAGAUGUUAACAUAUCUGUGGGACCAGAGAGCAGAGGCAGCUCCCUGUGUGCGCCCUUAACAGGAGUCAGGUCAGAGGGUGCAUUGUUUAAACCUUUGGGUCCACCACAGCCUAAAACAGAGGCCAGUAACUCAGCUUCUAUUGUCACUUCAGAGAGGUCAAAAGGCUCUGAUGUGAUGUCGGGUAAUCCAAAUGUUUUCCCCCGACCUCCAAUGAGGCCGCAGUCCGUGUUUAGUCAUUCUCCUUCAGUUGCUCCACAGGGAAACCCUGGCCCUGCAGGCGGCACACAAAACUACCAGUCCUCCUUCUUCCCCACCGCCAACCCAUCGAAGCGAAAGAAUUUUUACAACCCAGAUGGAGGCGACAAUAGCAGGGGGCAAUAUGGAGGUCAAGCAGGCACUGAUCAGCGAGCUGGAAGCAACUUUAAAACCGCCCGUGAGCAAUUCAUUGUUGAUCAACAGAAAAAGAACUCCAGUCAGUCCCAGAGAGGUCAGACCCCCGGCAUGGCAGCAACUAUAAAAAAAUCUCUGGGUGCUAACAGGCCUCGAGGUACAUUUUCUAAAUUUGUGUCACCAAUGCCACGACAGGAGGAGGAAGAAGGAGCGGCGAGCCGUAACUCUAAUCAGGAGCCUCAGAUCCUGGAUGAGCGUCUGAAAAACUUUGAGCCAAAGAUAGUGGAGCUGAUCAUGAGUGAGAUCAUGGACCACGGGCCUCCUGUCGCCUGGGAUGACAUAGCGGGCCUGGAGUUCGCCAAGACCACCAUAAAGGAGAUUGUGGUUUGGCCCAUGCUGCGUCCUGACAUCUUUACCGGCCUCCGCGGCCCUCCCAAAGGCAUCCUGCUGUUUGGCCCUCCAGGGACCGGAAAAACUCUGAUAGGAAAAUGCAUAGCUUGCCAAUCAGGUGCCACCUUCUUCAGCAUCAGUGCUUCAUCGCUCACAUCCAAGUGGGUGGGCGAGGGAGAAAAAAUGGUGCGAGCCUUGUUUGCAAUCGCACGCUGCCACCAGCCUGCGGUCAUUUUCAUUGACGAAAUUGACUCACUCUUGUCCCAGCGGACAGACGGGGAGCAUGACUCAUCACGUAGGAUAAAAACAGAGUUCUUGGUUCAGCUGGACGGGGCAGCCACGGCAGCAGAGGAUCGUAUCCUGGUGGUGGGCGCCACCAACCGGCCUCAGGAGAUAGACGAGGCUGCCCGACGCCGCCUGGCAAAGAGGUUAUACAUCCCCCUGCCCGAAGCAAGCGCCCGAAGACAGAUAGUAACUAACCUGAUGGCUCAAGAGAAGAACCAGCUGAGAGAGCAAGAGCUGGAGAGCGUGGUAACGGCCACCGACGGCUUCUCAGGGGCCGACAUGACUCAGCUGUGCCGGGAGGCGGCGCUGGGGCCCAUCCGCAGCAUCCAGCUCAGUGACAUCGCCACCAUCACUGCAGAUCAGGUGCGACCAAUCCUCUACAGUGACUUCCAGGAGGCCCUGAAGACGGUUCGACCCAGCGUCUCAUCAAAAGACUUGGAGCUAUAUGAAGAGUGGAAUAAGACUUUUGGCUGUGGACGUUAAGCUUGGCUCCUGAUCGUACCUCUUGUAAAAUUAAGUUUCGAAAAAUGUUUCACUUCUGGGGAAAUCUACAGAUCUUAAAACGGUUACUUGUUUUUUGCACACAAAAGACAUAGAGUGGGUGGACAAAAUAGCACGGGUAUCUUCAACAACGAUACCACGGUGUCACUUGAAAACCAAAAACAUGCAAAUGUCACAAAGAUCAUUUUCUAUAUACAGAGAUGUGUGUGAGAUUGCAUUAUAAUGAGCAAGUGUUUCUCUUAUUUUCCACCCACAGUGUGUCCAACCGUUCAUCUUUGUUGUUUACUACAGCUCAGUACAACCAGCCCGUUGUUUGAGAACCAUUCAUUUUCGUCCUUACUUGCAGGCUACACUUUGAACACAAAUUUAAACAUCUGAGCUGAUAUAAGUGAACAGUGUCCAAAUAUCAGCUUUAAAAAAGUCUGAGAAGCAGCCUGAAACUCAGUAUACUUAUCUUACUCACAGUUAUCUUUCUUGUGAGAGAAUAAAAGAUUUUUUUCUUUAUGGAGAAAUUGCUCUGCAAGUUGUUUCCAUCUGUUAGCACAACGCAUUCAAAUGAUUUUUUUUUGUAGUUUGUAACGGCCAGACUGUUUUGUUUGGAUUUUCAUUUUACUGUUUCUUUGUGGUUGGUUGAAAGCAUCAGGCACCAUGUUGCGUGCUCAAACUGUGCUCCAGAUGAAGAAAUUAUCUCUCUUUAGGUUCCUUUAAGGCAAUUAGCAUCCUUUUUUAAUACGUUGAGGUUGAAUUAAUUAAGUUAGUAUUAAUUCCCAGAGAUAUCCUCACCUUGACUUUAUGUCAAGACUUUUCUUCCGGAAUUGCUUUUCUUCUUUUAAAUUAAAUUGCAGAGCCAUAAUGUAUUUUUUCACCAAAUAAAAUUAAAUUUUGCAUUAAUGUACAUGCCUUUUAUGUCUCAGAAUUUAAACUCAUCAAUAUUGAGCUUAACUCCAAUAAAGCCGUGAUGAUAAACAUUAGUUGCUAACUAUAGAAUUCAUCAACUAAAGUAAUAAUUGAUCAGUCCAUUUGGGUAAUUU